UCAAGUUCUCUCUAAUACAAAAAGUUUCCUUUAGCAAAUUUCUCGUCUUCCUUAUUUACCAUUCUCUUAGCGAUCUUAAGUAUAGUAAUCUAGGCUAACUUGGCAUAGCAAGAUCGUGAGCAAGUUUUCAAGUGCCGCAUGUGCGCUUAGCUAAAGACUAAGCACGUGACACUACAUUGUAAUUCCCAUACGUUUGUUUUUGUUUGGAGAACUAUAUAUUUCAGAGCAGGUCUCCAUUUUGGGAAGUAACAUAGUGGACUCCCUCAGCAAAAAAAAAAAAAAAAAGUAAAAAAUAAACACUGUGGGCUCGCCUUUUUGAUUACACGAACUCAGAAAUGGCAAAAGAUUCUCCGAAAACUCCCAAGACGUCAUCGAGAUCUGCAGGCAAUCUAUCGAUAAGUAUAUGGGCAGCCCAAUGUGGGAAAUGCUACAAAUGGAGGAAAAUUUCAACACAAGAAGAGUAUGAGGAAAUUAGGUCUAAGUUUAAUGAAGAACCGUUUCACUGCGAAAACAAACCCAAUGUUUCUUGUGAUGAUCCAACAGAGAUCGAGUACGAUUCUUUGCGAACUUGGGUCAUUGACAAGCCCAAUGAGCCUAAAACCCCAAUUGGGUUUAAGAGAGAAUUGUGCCUUAGGGGUGAUUACUCAGAAAUGGAUGUUUAUUAUAUCACUCCUUCGGGGAAGAAACUUAGAUCUACUGAAGAAGUGCGUACUUUUCUUCAGAAAAAUCCCGAGUUUAGUGACCUAUCAACUGAAGACUUCAGCUUUACAACCCCCCACAUUAUGGAUGAUACCAUACCCUUCCCUAGCACUAAAUGAGGGAGUCGAUGGAGCUGAAUUUUAGGUUUAUUUUCUUUGUAGAUGCUGUUAUUAGACUGCUGGCAUGCUUAAAUGCUCAACUUAUUCUACAUGUAUUGUUCUUUUUCAUCUUUUGUUGAAAAUCUCUUAUUAUGCAAAAAUCUAUAUAAAGAGAAUAGAGGAGCUUCCUAUCAA